AUGUCCGUGCCGACACAUGCCUAUGUGCGGUACCAUGAUGGUGCGAGCGCUCUCAUCGCAGUCGGGCUGAUGCGUGAGUUUUCGCCUCAGUCGGUGAGCGAUGUGGCAAAAAACAAGCUCGUGUAUUGGGCGGAACCAGGCGAAGAGUCCGAGGACUAUUACCCGGCCGAUGUGGUGGUUCUUGGUGUGUCUAAGAAGGACCUCAUCACCUCGAUGGCGAAAAAAAGGAUCGCCGUGCCGCCGACGGAAUUUGAUUGCCCACCGAGCCAGGCCACGUCGGUUGUGGAUCCGAAGCUCGCUCGCCAGGCGGCUCGGGAAAAUAUCCAACUCUCAAAGAAGGCCAAGGAAAUGGCAAUAUUGAGAAAUAAAAGAUCAAGGAGCAGCAGCCAUUUCUCCGAAAGUGAGGAUGAUCUCGUGGAAAAGAGCCUCUUCAAAAAGGAGCAAAGAAGGUGCAAGGUGCUUGAGGAAAAAAACCGAGUGCUGUACGAGAAGCUAAAGAAAGAACGGCUGAAGAAUGAAAAAUUGCAGGCGCUGCUGACAACAAAGUUCGAUAUGCUGUUGACAAGGCUACAUUGCAACAGCAGAUUGGCUUCUGUUGCCACUGAAAUGGAUUUGGAACAUCCAAGUCUGGAGGAUGACAUUUUGCAGUCCCAAAGCCCAGGCAUGGACAUGGUUAUCACGGAGUCUUUUGAGGAUGCGGUGCCUGCUGCACCAACUGCAGCCAGCAGGACCGUGGCACAGGAUGAGGUGCCUGCUGCACCAGCUGCAGCCAGCAGGACCGUGGCACAGGAUGUGGCACCAACAGCACCACCUGUAGCCAGCACGGCCUUGCCACAGCAAUAA